GUUCUGGAGAGUUCUUGAGCCUCUAAGCCAAUGGCCUUUCAUCGCCUUCGAUUCUUCUCCUAAGAGCUCCGAUUUCGACAUGUCGUUCUCCACCAUCACCAUGAAUGAUCGUUCCGAUUCAUCGUUUAGCAGGUUUGGAUUUCUGUAAACCGAACCAACCUGAGGUCUGUUUUGAAGGAAGAGAAAUGGCUGGUGAGAAUCACAAAAACGACGAUCUGUAUGCCGUUUUGGGGCUGAAGAAGGAAUGCACCGAAGCGGAGCUUCGGAAUGCGUAUAAGAAACUGGCUAUGAUAUGGCAUCCGGAUCGGUGUUCGGCGUUGAGAGACUCGAAGUUCGUGGAAGAAGCUAAGAAGAAAUUCCAAGCGAUUCAGCAAGCCUAUUCUGUUUUAUCGGACGCGAACAAGCGGCUGUUGUACGACGUUGGAGUUUAUGACAGUGAUGACGAUGAUAACGAUAUAGGUGACUUCUUGACCGAAAUGGUUGCCAUGAUGGACCAAACUAAGCCUAGCGAAAACGGAGAAGAAAGCUUCGAGAAACUGCAGGAACUAUUCCAAGAAAUGUUCGACGAUGAUGACGAGGAGGAGGACGGUUUGGGACCGAAUUCACCGACAAGAUAUUUCUCGUCCUCAUCGUCCUCGUUGCACUCCGAAUGUUCCAGUUCGGGCAACAAGCUAAACUCGUCGGAUAUGGAUAUGAACAACGUGAACUCAUUCCAAAGCUUCUCCAUGGGGAGUGGAGGAGGCGGCGGCGGCUGCGGCGGCGGCAACAAGGGCAGGAAUUGGCGGAGGAAACGGUAGAAGAAG